GUCUUUCUAGAUUGGGUGAAAACAGUGUAGCUGGAGUGAUCAUCUUCCACGAUUUCGAUAUAGAUCCAAGUGCGAGACAUUUCGCAUCGACAGAGCCUGGAUCUUGACAGGGGACGGAAGUCCGAACCGUCAAGACCUCCGACGAACGCGAGCGUGCGGAGCAGCAUUCACUCGGCUCGGAAGAUUUCUCAAUCUCCGAACUUGGACGACGGUCCCGCUGACCAGAAGAGGGGCGAGGUCCCUGUGGAUUGUGAGCCCACGGAUUAAGCGAGAGUCCCACUUCGAGUGCUAGUCUCGGCUGUUUACUUUGCCGCUGCUGAAGCCGAUGCUCGCUGUGGUGGCAUUGGCGGCGGUCAGGUCCACGGCGAAGGAGUAACGAACGAGUUCGACAGACGGAACGCUCGCCGCCCAAGGUAUCGAAAUGACGAAAGAUCUCAUCCUUCGUUUUCAAACCGAGCGACAGCAAAAUGAAGACUCGCCCGAAGCGCAAGAGGAGACGGAGAUGGUCACAAUCGAAAUCGAGAACAACAACACCGCCAUGGAUUCCUUCAAACUGAAAACGCAACAGGUACAAGAAUGCAUAGAGCAACUCCGCGAAGAUACUCAACAAGUCAGGGAUAUCCACGCUCGGAUCCUCUCCAGUGUCGACUCCCACGACAAGAAUCAAGAGCUCGAUCGAAGUAUGGCGGACGUGAAGAAACUUGCGUCCAGAAUUCGGUAUACCCUUAAGGAAAUACAGAGCGAGGCCGAUAAGGACGUCAAGGAGAAUCCCACUUCUGCCACAUCUCGUAUGAAGCGGAUUCAGCAACAAACUCUGAGCAAGUUAUUCGUGGACACGAUGACUUCUUACAAUGAAGCUCAAAUGGAAUACAGAGAAAAGUGCAAAUAUCGAAUCAAGCGACAACUCAACAUCACCGGCAAAACGCCUUCAGAUGAGGAACUCGAGGAUCUGUUGGAGUCUGGGAACUUCGAUGUGUUCACUCAGGGUGUCAUCAUGGAAAGUGAGAAGAACAAGCAGGCUCUCGCAGAUGUUCAAGCUCGUCACCAGGACAUCAUGAAAUUGGAGGAGUCCGUCAGAGAGCUUCGAGACCUUUUCAUCGAAAUGGCUGUCUUGGUUGAAAGCCAAGGAACCAUGAUCGACCGGAUCGAAUACAACGUCGCGAACGCCGCCGAAUUCGUUGAUAAGGCGAAGGUAGAAACGAAGACGGCUCUCGACUACAAGCAUGCUGCCACCAAGAAGAAGUUCUGGCUCAUCGGUAUCCUCAUCAUUGUAAUUCUAAUAAUUUUCCUAUCGAUCCAAUUCGGAUGACUUCCCUAGGUCUCAUGCUCGGAUCCAAUCGCGCGUUGAUUCCUUCAUCGGACAGCCGAGGGAUGCCGGACCAUUUUGUAGCAGAAACUAUUUAUGAUAACAUGGAGUCCGUUACCCGGAGUUCCAGUUUCCUUUUUACCUGUGACUUGACUGAAGGCUGAAACCAGUGGUGCAUGAGAUUGUGUGGGCGAUACUGAGAACCAUUGCCUCACUGCCCAAUUAGCUGGACUCGCUCCUUAGUUCGGACCACAUCAAUUAGCGCUUUCAAGCGAUAUCUCCGAUGCAUUUUGUGAAAGUCGGUGGGCUGCCAGAAUCAUGAUUACUCUCAUUUCGGGAUCUCGUGUUCACACCACGAUGGAGCGGUUUCCAAGAAGCGUCGAUCCUGUCUCGGUCAAUCCAAGUCGGAUGGUGUAGAUUAAGUCACGAGAGCGAGCACGCGCCACGAAAUCAUUACUGUAAGCCGAGUAAAUCGGCGCACAAGGGAAUCAGGAAGUCUGCUCAUAUUUCCCGUCCAUACUAUGAUGGAAUUCUGGCAUCCGACGUAUCGAUGGUCCUACUCGACCCGCCCGGUGUACGUGUCGGGCCUGAACGAGGGCAGGGCAAUUCUGAAGCCGUUCGCCUCCGACCGCCCAUCACAUAAUUUUAAAUAUGAAAUAAAUCAAU